AUGCCACACACUGUCGAUCCUGAGACCAUGCCGACCGUCGUCGCAAAGGGCCCUUCCGGCGUGCCCCCCACCGCCGAAGAGAUUUCCUCCCUUCUCACCACCAUCUUCACCUCCGAAUCUUCCCAGCAGUCUCUCGAUGGCGCAUACGCUCUCGCCAACCUGCUCAUUCAGGGCGCUGGUGUUGCCGGCUUGUUGAACUACAAUGUCCUCGCCGAAACUCGGAAGGCUGCUUCCGAUAAGAAGAACGGCGCCAAGCGCGAGAGCGCCAUGCUGAUUAUCGGUGCCUUGUUCGAGCGCUUCCCCCGCGAGUUCCCUCUCAGCGAAGUUGUCUUCCUUCUGCACGAUGGUGGUGUCUUCGACCUCGCCCUCGAUGCCUUGGCCGACAAGGGCGCCGUCGUCCGCGACGCUGGUCAGUACGCCAUCGACGCUCUCUUCGGAUCCCUUAGCCCCGAGGCUAUGGUGAACGGUCUCCUCCCCGCGCUCGAGCGCUACCUGAGCAAGGGCUCUGGUAAGUGGCAGGGCUUCGUCGGUGCCUACAAGCUGGUCGAGAAGAUGGCUGUCAAGGCCCAACUCGGCACUGGUACCAUGGAAGAGGAACGCCAGAAGGAUAUCCUGCGCGAGGCUAUGGGCAAGACCCUCAAGGAGUUCAUUCCUAUUGUUGAGUCCGGCAUGCACGAUCUGAAGAACGAGGUGGCCAAGCAGUCCCUCAAGACCAUGACUGCCCUCACCACCCUCUUGUCUAACGACGACGUUGCCCCUCGUAUUCCCCUUCUGAUCGAGACCAUGGAAAAGCCCUCUGCCCAGACUCUUCAGAAGGCCAUCCACGCUCUCUCGCAGACUACCUUCGUUGCUAUCGUCACCUCCCCUGUGUUGGCCAUGCUCACCCCUCUCCUCGCUCGUUCCCUCAACACCCCGGCCACUCCCCAGGAAACCCUCCGUCAGACCGUCGUCGUCGUGGAGAACCUCACCAAGCUUGUCCACGACCCCGCCGAGGCUCGUACUUUCCUUCCCAAGCUUCAGCCCGGUGUGAAGUCCGUCAAGGAGGGUGCGUCUCUUCCUGAGGUCCGUGAGCUCGCCACUCGUGCCCUUGAUGUUAUCGAGACUGCCAUGAAGGACAACGAUGUCGCUACCGGUGCCAUUUCCAAGACCACCCCCGAGGAGGUCUUGGCCGUGUUGAACGGUAAGAUUCAGGAGCACGGCGGCCUUACUGGAUUUGGAGAUGCCAAGUUCCAGGAUCUGUCCAAGAAGUUCAUCGCCGAAAUGGUCCGCGAAGACAUUAAUGUCCGCAUGCACGACCGUGUGCCUGGCUGCAUCGAUCCUUACCUCCGCGGUCUGCUCGCGGACGGAAACACUGAGGCCGUUGCCUCCGCUGUCCAGGCCCACUACAUCGAGCAGGACGAGAUCAAGUACGGCAAGCCUCCCCCCGAGGACCCCAACGAGAUCGAGAUUGUCAACGCCAACUUCUCUCUCGCUUACGGUGGUAUGCUUCUGCUCUCUCACACCAACCUGCGUCUGCUCAAGGGCCACCGCUAUGGUCUUUGCGGUCGCAACGGUGCUGGAAAGUCCACUCUCAUGCGCAGUAUCGCCAACGACAAGCUCGAGGGCUUCCCUCCCCAGGAUCAGGUCCGCACUUGCUUCGUCGAGCACAACCAGGGUGAGGACGCCAACCUUACCAUCUUCGAGUACGUCUCCAAGGACCCUAAGAUCGCCGAGCAGGGCAAGGAGCACAUCUCCGAGGUUCUUAUUGAGUUUGGCUUCACUGACGGCCCUGAGGGCCGCCAGUCCCAGCCCGUGGGCUCUCUUUCCGGUGGUUGGAAGAUGAAGCUGGCUCUUGCCCGUGCCAUGCUUCAGAAGGCCGAUGUUCUCCUGCUUGACGAACCUACUAACCACUUGGAUGUUGCCAACGUCAAGUGGCUGCAGGAGUACCUGAAGUCCCACACCGAGAUUACCAGUUUGAUUGUCUCUCACGACUCCGGCUUCCUUGAUGAAGUCUGUACCGAUAUCUACCACUACGAGGGUAAGAAGCUUGUCUGCUACAAGGGUAACCUUGCCGACUUCGUCAAGGUGAAGCCCGAGGGCAAGAGUUACUACACUCUGUCCGCUUCCAACGUGCAGUUCAAGUUCCCUCCUCCCGGUAUUCUGUCCGGUAUCAAGUCUCAAACACGUGCCAUCAUGCGUAUGACCAACUGCUCCUUCACAUACCCUGGCGCUGCCAAGCCCUCUCUCCAUGAUGCCUCCCUGUCUCUGUCUCUCUCCUCCCGUGUCGCCAUUAUCGGUGGAAACGGUGCCGGAAAGUCUACUUUCAUCAAGAUUCUCACUGGUGAGACCAUCCCCCAGGGUGGUAAGAUGGAGAAGCACCCCAACCUGCGUAUUGGUUACAUCAAGCAGCACGCUUUGGAGCACGUUGAGAUGCAUUUGGAGAAGACUCCUAGCCAGUACCUCCAGUGGCGUUACGCCAACGGUGACGAUCGCGAGGUGUUCAUGAAGCAGACCCGUAUCCUCACCGCUGAGGACAAGGCUCAGCUUGAGAAGCCCAUUGAUCUGGGCGCCGACUUCGGUGCUCGCCGCAUCGAGACCCUGAUCGGUCGUCAGAAGUGGAAGAAGUCUUUCCAAUACGAGGUCAAGUGGGUUGGUCUUCUUCCCAAGAACAACACCAUGAUCUCGCGUGAGACUCUGCUCGAGCACGGCUUCUCCAAGCUGGUUCAGGAGUUCGACGAUCACGAGGCAUCCCGUGAAGGUCUCGGUUUCCGUGUCCUUGAACCCAAGACCAUCAGCAAGCACUUCGAGGACAUUGGUUUGGACCCCGAGAUUGCCAACCACAACGAGAUCUCCGGUCUUUCCGGUGGUCAGAAGGUCAAGGUUGUCCUGGCUGGUGCCAUGUGGAACAACCCCCACUUGCUGGUCCUGGACGAGCCCACUAACUUCUUGGAUCGUGACUCCCUCGGUGGUCUCGCCGUUGCCAUCCGUGACUUCAAGGGUGGUGUUGUUAUGAUUUCUCACAACGAGGAGUUCGUCGGUGCUCUCUGCCCCGAGCAGCUUCACAUCGCCGAUGGCCGUGUCGUCAGCCGUACCAACAACGCCAUCAGCUUGGACCGCUUCGAGGACAGCGCCGCCAACUCUCCCUCUGCCCCUGGUACCCCCGCUACCGGCUCUGCCGUCACCAGUGCCGCUCCAUCUGCCGUCAACUCCGGCGAUGAGGGCGCUGGUGAACUCAAGUUCCGCGCCAAGAAGAAGAAGAAGAUGACCCGUGCUCAGCAGAAGGAGCGCGAGACCCGCCGUCGUCUGCGCCACAUCGAAUGGUUGAACUCCCCCAAGGGUACCCCCAAGCCCGUGGAUUCCGAUGAUGAAUAA